CUGUGCGGAGCCGUAGGGAACCGAGGCCGACGGACUGCCGGGACCGGCUGGAGGGGUGAUUCGGCUCCAAAUCUGUGCCGAGGAUCUGCAAGCCGUGUUGCGGUGUUGCGGUGCCGCGGCGGAGAUGUGCGCGGCGGGGAGGCGCUGGGGCCGGCAGCAGCGAGCUCUGCUCUGCGCCGUCCUGCUGGCGGCGUGGCAGGCGGCGUGGGGGCAGCUGCGCUACUCGGUGCCCGAGGAGAUGCCCAAGGGCUCCUUCGUGGGCGACGUGGCCAAGGACCUGGGGCUGCCUGUGCUGGCACUCCGAGAUCGCGGUGUCCGUAUUGUCUCGGCAGGUAGUACGCAGUAUUUUGCUCUGUACGGGAAGACGGGACAUUUAGUGACAGCGGCGAGGAUCGACAGAGAGCAGCUGUGCGAGGAAUUGCAGCAAUGCGUGCUGCGCUGUGAGCUGAUAGUGGAAGGGGAAAUGCAGAUUUACGGGAUCCAAGUGGACAUCACUGACAUUAAUGACAACGCUCCGAGUUUCAGAGAGCCAGAAACAGAGCUGAAAAUUAUCGAAACAACAGCCCCGGGAUCGCGGUUUCCACUAACAGAGGCUCAGGACCCGGACUCGGGCCGGAAUUCCCUGCAGAGCUACGAGCUGAGCGGCGACGAGCACUUCUCGCUGGCCGUGCAGGCGGGCCCCGGCGGCGAUCAGCGUCCCGAGCUGGUGCUGGCCAAGGCGCUGGACCGGGAGGAGGCGGCGUUUCACGAGCUGGUGCUGAGGGCGAGCGACGGCGGCGAUCCGGCACGGACGGGCACGGCUCGGAUCCGCGUGACGGUGCUGGACGCGAACGACAACGCGCCCGUGUUCAGCCAGGCGGAGUACACGGUGCGUGUGCCCGAGGACGUGCCCGUGGGCUCCACCCUCCUGAGCAUUCCGGCCACAGACGCUGACGAGGGGCUGAAUGGGGAAAUUAAAUACUCGUUUAAGAAAAUCACAGAGAAAUCCUCGCAGAUUUUCCAGCUGGAUAGCGACACGGGAGCGAUCAAGCUACUGCGGAGCCUGGACUUCGAGGAAGGCGACUCUUACAAACUAGAGAUGCAGGCACAUGAUGGGGGUGGCCUUUUUGAUACGACAAAAGUCGUGGUCACUGUGGUAGACGUCAAUGACAAUGUACCGGAGAUUUCGGUGCGCUCGGCCCUAAGCGAGAUCUCGGAAGACGCCCUCUCGGGAACUGUCGUGGCCCUGCUGCACGUGAGGGACAGGGAUUCCGGGGCUAAUGGCGAGGUGAGCU